GAUCAUCAAUUUUGUAACACGCUUGCGCAAAACUCUUAGACUUCCGCUUUGUCUGUUAGUGAUCUUGACUUCUAAAAUGACCUACCAGCCAGGGAGAUAUCCUAAGGACUAUAACCCUAAAGUCCAUGGACCUUAUUACCCACAUCGUUUUUACGGAAAACCCGAUACUCCAUUUUCUGAGGUCAAAAUUGCUGAUUUAGGAUCUUGGUUCUCAAGACGCAGUUUAAGCCCUUCAUCAAUUUGGGCAGCUAUUCACAGGGGCUAUUACAGAUGGGCUAGUAAGAAUCUUCAUACAAAGGUACCUGGAUUUGCACCCUAUGGUCAAAUUAUCAUGUUGACUUCAACUUAUUUCUUUUUCCUUCUGUACUCUGAAAGAAAGUACCACAGACAUUGCAAGUACCACUAGAUGUGAGAUGUGACUACAUUGAUUGUAGAGUGGACUGUUACUAUAUUUAACUCAUUAGCACUUAUGAAUAAAACAGAAUGAUAUUCAAUAA